AUGUCAGACGCAGAAGAAAAGGAAAGAAUAAUAUGCGAAGUAACUGCAACGUCUGACACCAAAUUUUGCUGCAAUAUGGAGCAGUUGUCUAAAAAUGCAAUUAAACUUCGAAAGAUCAAUGAUGAGAGUGGAGAUGCGCGGAAGGUAUUGGAAUUAAUGGCAACGAAGUCAAAGAUUCGUCAUGAAAGGAAAGAAAGUAAUUGUCAGGUUAUUAACGAAUGCCAACUGGAACAGCCUCAGAGUUUCUACUUCGCGAAGAUGAAAGAGUUUGCAAAUAACUUGCCCGCAAAUACCCUGUUACCUGAACAGGAAGACUCCAUACGAGGUUUAAUAUCGGCUGGGUUACGAUACAAGUACGCGAAUAUUUUCGAGGAACAAAUGCUCGAAACGAAGAUACGUUAUUACGAAGCGAUGCACGAUUUAGCUGUGAAAAGAGUAGUAGCGAUCGAAUGUCAAGAUGCGUGUAAUGUAGAUUUAGAACAAAUUCCUCCGUAUAAACUUGCUGGGCGGACAGAAUUUUAUUCAAAGUAUUUAAAACAUCGAUGCGCGAUUAGAAAAAAGUAUUAUUUACCUCAUAGAUUGAUGAGGAACAUUGUUGCAAAAGCUCAUAUCUUGAUGCCAGAGUGGAUUUGUAAUUUCGGCCGAUAUCGAUUGGAAUUUGAUUAUCUUGAUUUCAACAGGUUCUUGGAUUUGGUGGAAAACGAUACGAAAAAAGGCGCGCUGAUGAUCAGCAGUACCUAUUACAGCGACAUCGUGCGAUUAAUUUCUCAACCCCGCUACAUUUACGACGUGCCUCAACCCUCUUUGCCAGACUUUCUCAAUUGCGCUAAUAAUUUGCUCGCGCUUCAAGUGGUCACGCGCAUGAUAAACACUAUUGAAUACUUGCUUCAAGUUUUAAAAGACAAACAAUCGGUGCCUUUAUUCAAGUUACAUUUAAAAUGCGAGAACAACAAGCUAUUUCUUAGUCCGACGAUGCGUGAGAUAUGUCACGCAUUUCAUAGCAUAGUUGAUCAAAUUAGUCAUGUCGGUCAACAAUUACCGCCACUGGAUUCUUGGGUCGGUGUAAAGAUUCAGUGCGAGAACAUUAAAGCUGUAUUACCAGAACUAUAUCUAGAAGAAACGCAUCGACGUCUCGCAGAGAUUUUACAAGAUACUUUCCAACCUUUUAGUAGUUACAUUGAAGAAUUGUCUAACAAAUUUCAUGUUGUUUUCGAUCCAGAAACGCACAAAAAUAUCGUUGCUUACGUUAAGACGGGACGCACGUUUCAAGAAUGUGUAUCCAAAGUUGAAGAUUUUAACCAAUUCAUUAGAGAAAUAAAUGGCAUGCCGGAUCAGGAAUAUUUUUCGAUCGGAAUAAUUCAUCAAGUCGCAGCAAAAGCAGGACUUCUUUAUUAUACGGAAGAAGUACGUAAGCUGAUUAUCGAGAAGUUGGUCGAAACCCAUCGAAAUUACAAUCUUGAAAUUUGUGAUACGUUCGAAAUGAUCAGAGAACGUGCUUUAAACAUUCCUCAUACUACUAAAGAAUUACUCGAAUUAGGUGAAUAUAUGUUAAUUGCUGCAUCAACGUUAAUGAGAUCGUUAGAAGAAAAAAUUACUUUAUCGUUGCGCAUGAUGGCGUCAUUAAUCGGGAUGACAGCAUUAACCAAAGAUCAUAUCGAAUUGAAUAACACCACUAUUCAUUGGUUAAAGCGGAUAAGACCGGUAUUCGAACAGAAUAGCGCAGCGUAUGAGCAAAUUAAAUUUGAAUUAGAGGAGAAACUUCAGAAAAGAAUCGAAGAUUUAAACGCGGAUGUAGAAAACAUGUUUCCUAGAUUGAAAAUUAUGAACGAUAUGGAUGACGCAAAUCGAAUACGGGAAUAUAUAGAAUAUAUGCGAAAGUUUGCGCGUGAUUUAGAUCGUAUGGAUGAGAGAACGACAUGCAUCAACGACGAGGAGAAACUUUUCAAAUAUCCUCUCUCGGAAUAUCCACGAAUCAAUGAAUUGAAAGAAAAUAUAAUGCCAUAUUAUGAAUUAAUUUAUCGUGGUUACCAGUGGCAAAGACAUCGAGAUGUUUGGUUAGAUGGCCCGUUUGAGUACUUGGACUCAAACGAUAUCGAAAAUAAGGCAACUGAUUAUUUUACUAAUUUUAACAAAAUCAGUAAACAGUACAAAACAAGAAUAAAGUUGGAAAUCGCAAUGAAUUACCCGCAUAGUUUCAAGGGAUCGCCAGACGAACCAGACCCUUUCCAACAGCCGGCGCCCUUAAAACUUUGUCAUCAACUUAUCGAAGAUAUCAAGUGGUUCAAGCAAUAUAUACCGUUGCUAGCUGUUUUUCGAAAUCCCGCGAUCCGCCAAAUCCAUUGGGAUGAAAUGUCGGCUAUAGCCGGUUUCGAUCUUACUCCUGAUGCCGGGACAAUAUUUCGAAAAAUUAUAAAUAUGAAUUUAAUGGAAGAUUUGGAAAAGUACGAAACGAUAAGUAUAAGCGCAACAAAACAACUUAUGCUUGAGGAAUUAUUAGCAAAAAUGAUCAGCGAAUGGGAUGAUGUACUAUUUACCAUUUCUCUUUAUAAAGACUCAGGAGUAAACAUCUUGACGCAAUUAGAUGAUAUUUAUGCUCUAUUGGAGGAACAUAUUAUAAAAACUCAAACAAUGCGAGGUUCCGCGUUUGUCAAACUUAUCGAGGAAGAAGUUAAAAAUUUUUACUUUCUUCUACUUCGAAUACAGUCAACGAUCGAAGAAUGGACCAAAGUUCAAGUACAAUGGAUGUAUUUGUUACCCAUCUUCUCAAGUAAAGAUAUCGUAGCACAGUUACCCGAUGAAGAAGUACUGUUCGUUCAAGUCGACAGAAUAUUUCGUAGCGCAAUGAGUGGUGUUGCAAAGGAUCCUCGUGUACGAGAAACUGCCGGUUCCGUGGGUCUUCUAGAAAUCAUGCAGGAGGCUAAUGAAUUAAUGGAAAAGGUAAAUGAUGGAGUACUAAACUACUUAGAGAAGAAGAGACUUUUCUUCCCAAGAUUUUUCUUUUUGAGUAACGACGAUAUGUUAGAAAUACUGUCUGAAACAAAAGAACCCUUUCGAGUCCAACCCCAUCUUCGAAAAUUAUUCGAAGGGAUAAAUAAGCUGCGAUUUGACGAAGAUAUGGAAAUAUGUUCGAUGUUUAGCGAAGAUUACGAAGAGGUUAGAAUGCAAGAAAAAAUUUCAACCAUUGCCGCAAGAGGCUGCGUAGAACGAUGGCUUAUUCAAGUCGAAGAACAAAUGUCAAUAUCUGUAAGGCAUGAAAUCCUUAUGAGUUACCUUGAUUAUGAAGUUAAUAAACGGGUCAUAUGGGUAUGUAUAUGGCCUGGUAUGGUCGUCCUAUGCGUUUCUCAAAUUUACUGGAGUAUGGAAGUUCAAAAUAGUCUCAUGACCCAUAUUCCUUCGACAAUGGAAACACUGCAUACUAAACUUAGAUCUCAAAUCUUAGAGAUGGUUGAGUUAGUCAGAGGACAAUUAUCGAAACAAAAUAGAACUACGUUGAAUGCUCUUAUUACUCUGGACGUGCAUGCUAUGGAUGUGGUAAAAUCGUUGAUCGACAAGAAAAUCAUAAACGAAACGGAUUUUGAUUGGUUAGCGCAAUUGCGCUACUAUUGGGAAGACAAUGUGUUUGUUAGAAUUAUAUAUACAGCUGUGGCUUACGCAUACGAAUACAUUGGAAAUUGUCCUCGCCUCGUUAUUACUCCUCUGACAGAUAGGUGUUAUCGCACUUUAAUCGGUGCAUACUCGUUACACUUGAACGGUGCACCGGAAGGUCCAGCUGGUACCGGUAAAACAGAAACGACGAAAGACUUAAGCAGAGCUAUAGCGAUACAAUGCGUGGUUUUCAAUUGCUCCGAAGGUCUCGAUUAUAAAAACAUGGGAAAGUUCUUCAAAGGUCUCGCUUCGUGCGGAGCAUGGUCUUGUUUCGAUGAGUUUAACAGGAUCGAACUAGAAGUAUUAUCUGUAGUUGCGCAGCAAAUGCUUUCCAUCACCCAGGCAGUACGAGCUAAAUUGGAAACGUUUGUCUUCGAGGGCACUGAAUUGAGGUUAAAUCCUGCCGUUUACGUUUGCAUCACAAUGAACCCUGGCUACGCAGGUCGUACAGAGCUGCCAGACAAUUUGAAAGUCCUAUUCAGAACUGUAGCAAUGAUGGUACCGGAUUACGCUAUGAUCGCUGAAAUAUUUCUUUACUCCUCUGGAUUUAGUAGCGCUCGAGAACUCUCUACGAAAAUCGUAACGACGUACAAGUUAUGCUCCGAGCAACUGUCCACGCAAUCUCACUACGAUUAUGGCAUGCGAGCUGUGAAAACAGUCUUAACAGCCGCGCAAAACAUUAAACUACAAUUUCCAGACGAGGACGAGUCCAUGCUUCUACUUAGAUCCGUGAUCGAUGUGAAUUUACCAAAGUUCUUGGCGCACGAUGUUCCACUUUUCCAAGGUAUCGUAUCCGAUCUGUUUCCUGGAUUGGAACUUCCGUCUCCAAGUUAUGAAGUACUUUUAAGAGCGGUUUACGAGGUUGCUGACAAAUACAACUUGCAACCAGUGGAUGGUUUUCUCCUAAAAAUCAUACAAACGUUCGAAAUGAUGAUCGUUCGUCACGGAUUUAUGCUUGUUGGAGAACCAUUCGGUGGGAAGACCUCGGUUCUCCAUACUUUGGCCGAUGCUCUAACCUUAAUGCAUGAACGGGGCGAUGAGAACGGAGCGACGACGAGAUAUUAUACGAUUAAUCCGAAGUCUAUAACGUUAGGACAGCUAUACGGAUGUUUCGAUCCGGUUUCAUCCGAAUGGACGGACGGUGUAUGCGCUGUUAUAUUUCGAACGUAUGCCGCCGAAGACUCGCCGGAUAGAAAAUGGAUUAUUUUCGACGGACCAGUCGAUGCACUGUGGAUCGAGAACCUGAAUACCGUUCUCGACGACAAUAAAAAGCUUUGCCUAACGUCCGGUGAAAUAAUACAAAUGUCCAACGUGAUGUCCAUGAUCUUCGAAGUGAUGGAUCUUGCACACGCAUCGCCCGCCACAGUGUCCCGCUGUGGAAUGAUAUACGUAGAGCCGCGCGUUCUUGGCUGGCAGCCAUUCGUUCAAUCUUGGAUAAAUAAACUGAAUCCCGCGUGGAAGGAAGGUCAAGAGAAAAAUAUCCAGGAACUGUUCAAUUGGUUGGUGGACCCAUGUUUGGAAUUUAUUCGAAAAUCCUGCCGCAAAAUCAUCAGUGCUGGUCAAAUUCACGAGGUUGUAUCAACGAUGACUCUUUUCGAAAUGUUUAUGGAAGACGCGGUAGAACAGAAUCCAAAAACGUACGAUCAAUUCAUUGUGCCUUGGCUACAGGCAUCUAUACUAACUUCGAUAGUUUGGGGAGCCGCCGGUACGUUGGAUUACGCUUCCCGUGUCAAAUUCAACGCGUACUAUUUGACUUUCUGGAAGAACGAACAGAAGGAUCACCCGCUUCCCGAAUUUCUCAUCGAAUCCCUGAUCUCUAUCCCAACAGAUGAAUUGAUUCACGAUUGCUUUUACACGUACCGAGGACGAGGAGCGUGGAGACGUUUCUCUGACCUGGCAAGGCAAGAAGAGUAUUCGGAUACCGGAAGCAUUGUCCAGUUAAUGAUCCCUACCAUCGACACAGUAAAAUAUCAAAAUCUAUUUUUAAAGCACGUUAAUCAUCGUAAACGUUUUUUAUUGUAUGGGGAGACAGGGACCGGGAAAAGUUUCUACAUCAAGGAUUUGAUCAUGAACAAGUUAAACGAACAAGAAUAUCUACCAAAUUUCGUUACAUUUACUCCGCAUAUUACGGCUGCACAGACGCAGGAGCUGAUCGUGUUAAAAUUAUACAAGAGACGCAGAAAUCAAUUUGGUCCUUUGUCGGGCACACACUGCAUCGUAUUUAUCGAUGAUGUCAACAUGCCUGCGAAAGAAACGUUCGGUGCCCAACCGCCGAUCGAGCUGCUCCGGCAAUUUUUCGAUCAUAAAAUUUGGUUUGAUCUAAAGCAACCGGAAAUAAUUUAUAUAUACGAUACAAUGUUCAUCUGCGCGAUGGCCCCGCCAGGUGGUAGUAGGCAAGAAUUAUACCAAAGAUUCCUGAGGCAUUUCAACCUGUUUAGCAUCGACAACUUCACCGAGGAUACUAUCAUCAGAAUUUUUACGAAUAUCGCGUUUAUCGGAUUGCAACGGAAUGGUUUCACCACAGCAGUUAUGCCGACCAUCAUGGAGAUUGUAAACGCGACUAUGAACAUUUUCCAGGACGCUCAGAAAGAACUCAGACCGACCCCAGCGAAGUCCCAUUAUCUCUUCAACUUACGUGACUUUUCUCGGGUGAUAACUGGAUGCACGAUGAUCAGCGAGGAGUCCGUGAAAUCGAAAUCGGAUUUCACAAAAUUGUGGGUUCAUGAAACUCUGAGGGUCUUUGGUGAUCGUCUAAUCGAUACAAACGACCGACAAUGGUUGUUUUUAAAGAUCAAGGAAGUAGUUGGAAGUAAUCUCAGAGAGUCGUUCGAGAUGGUGUUUGAUUAUUUACCAAAAUUUAACGACCAGUUAACGGAACAAAGUCUACGGAGUCUCGUAUUUGGUACUUUCAUGGAUAUAGAUACGAUUCCGAGCGAUCGUCGUUACGAAGAAGUAAAAUCGAUAGAGGAGUAUUCGGAAGUAGCAAUUUCUUGUCUCGAGGAAUAUAAUCUUACACACAGGCACAAGAUGGAUAUCGUUUUGUUUCGUUACGCUUUGGAACAUCUCGCAAAAGUCUGCCGCAUAUUGGUAAUUCCUUGCGGAAGCUUACUAAUGGUUGGCGUAGGUGGAUCCGGUAGACAAUCGUUAACAAGAUUAGCUUCCAAUAUGACCGGUCUCGGUAUUUUCCAGCCAGAGAUAGGUAGCGCAUAUGGCAUACAAGAAUGGCGGGACGAUAUAAAAAAGGUGCUCAUGAAUUCCGGCGGCGCAGGCAAGGACUUCGUGUUCUUACUCACCGAAGGGCAAAUUAAAAGUGAAAUUUUCCUGAACGACAUCGACAGUUUGUUAAAUUCAGGCGAGGUGCCAAAUCUAUUUACUAUCGAGGAAAGACAGGAAAUUAUUGAAAUGGCACGGUUACCAGCUCAGGGUGGUGAUCGAAAUUUAGACAUAUCGGUACUCUCGAUCCUAGCCUUCUUCGUGAAUCGUUGCAAAGAGAAGUUACACAUAAUGCUAUGCUUCAGUCCCAUCGGGGACACCUUCAGAAUUAGACUCCGACUUUAUCCGAGUCUCGUGAAUUGUUGCACGAUAGAUUGGUUCGAUGUAUGGCCAGAGGAUGCUCUCGAACAGGUAGCACUACGCAGCACCACUGCAAUCGAUAUCGAUGAACAAGUGAAGAUCAACGCAGUGAUCGCGUGUAAAUUUUUUCACGUUUGCGCCAAAGAUAUUAGCACUCGGUUUUACAAUGCCACAGGCAGGCAAACUUACAUCACAACGGCCGGAUUUCUGGAUCUCAUACGAACUUAUGCAGAACUGAUGAAAGAGAAACAAGAAGCACUUAUUCUCGCGAGAGAUAGAUAUAUCAGCGGAUUGGAUAAAUUAGAAUACGCGGCCGAACAAAUUGGUCGAAUGAGAGUAACGCUUUCGGAAUUACGGCCUCAACUUGAAGCGUCUGCCAAGGAGACGGCCGAUACUAUGAAGAGAAUUGAAACCGAAAAUAUCAGCGUGGAAAAGGCAAGGAUCAUGGUAAAGAGAGACGAAGAUAUAGCGAAUGUACAGGCCGAAAUAGCGAGAAAUUUGAAGACAGAAUGCGAGGCGGAUUUAGCGCAGGCUUUGCCAGCUCUAGAAGAUGCAAUAGCCGCUCUAAACACUCUAAAGCCAGCAGACAUAACGGUUGUAAGGACAAUGAGAAGUCCUCCAGCCGGGGUAAAACUCGUAAUGGCUGCGGUAUGCGUGAUGUUAAGCAUACCCCCUCUCAGAGUUGAAGAUCCAGCUACCGGUAAAAAAGUACUCGAUUACUGGACUCCAAGCAAACGUUUAUUAGGUGACAUGAGAUUUUUGGAAACUUUACGGCAGUACGAUAAAGAUAACAUUCCACCGCAUAUAAUGCAGGAAAUCAAAACGACGUACAUGACCGAUAAGAACUUCGAACCGAAAAUUGUAGCUAGAGCAUCCUCGGCUGCCGAAGGUCUCUGCAAAUGGGUGAGAGCGAUGGUUUUAUACGACGAAGUGAUCAAAGUAGUUGGACCGAAAAAGGCGAAGUUGGAAGGCGCGCAACGAGAUUUCGAAAAUACUAUUAAAUUUUUGAACGAGAGACGUGAAAUGCUGGCCGAAUUGACCGAAAGAUUAGAACUUCUUAACGAACGUUUAAAUGUAACUCUCGCCAAGAAGAUCGAGUUGGAGAACGAGGUGUCAAACUGCAGAAAUAAGUUGAUUCGUGCCGAAAAAUUAAUUAGCGGCUUGGGAGGAGAAAAAAAUCGUUGGAUGACUGCAGCAGCAAAUUUACAAAGUUCUUACGAUACUUUGCCAGGAGAUAUUUUAAUUUCCUGUGGCAUGAUAGCGUAUCUAGGACCGUUCACGUCUAACUACCGUAUCGAAAACUUGGAAAAGUGGAUAGACUAUGUUAACAGCUUGAAUAUCCCAUGCUCGAAAAGUUACGAUUUCGUUGAAGUACUCGGCACUGAGAUAAAGAUCAAUUCUUGGAAUAUAUUUGGGCUACCUCGAGACUCGUUCUCCACCGAGAACGCCAUUAUCAUGGAUAAUUCGAAGAGGUGGAGCUUGUUCGUUGAUCCUCAGAGUCAAGCGAAUAAAUGGAUUCGUAACAUGGAGAAGCAAAAUGAACUUGAAAUCAUCAAGAUAACGGAUAAGGAUUACAUGAACAUCAUAGAACAAGCACUAGAGUAUGGAAAACCAGUAUUAAUAGAGAACGUUCUUGAAGACUUGCCACCACCUCUUGAUCCGAUAUUAACAAAGGCGAUAUAUAAAAUGGGUGCCUUGUGGUAUAUCACGCUUGGUGAAAAGUCAAUUGAAUACAGUUUGAGGUUUAGACUGUAUAUUACGACGAAACUACGCAAUCCGCAUUAUCUACCAGAAAUUUUCAACAAAGUAACCGUGAUCAAUUUCGCGUUAACGAUUGGUGCUUUAGAAGAUCAGUUGUUAGGUAUUGUGGUUGCAAAGGAGAGGCCCGAUUUGCAGGAAAAGCGAGAAUAUUUAAUCGUUCAAAGUGCCGCGAAUAGACAAGCUUUGCAACAAGUGGAGGAUAAUAUUUUGAGAACUUUAUCGGCGUCAGGAGCUAGCAUAUUGGAGGACGAGGAAGCCAUAGAAAUUUUGGACUCGUCCAAAAUUCUCUCUAUCGAUAUAUUUAAGAAGCAAGCUGCCGCGAAGAAAACGGAGGCGCAAAUCGAAGAAUUCCGACAAAAUUAUAAGCCCAUCGCAAGACAUAGUUCCGCUCUCUACUAUACGAUCACCGAUCUACCCAACAUCGAUCCUAUGUAUCAAUAUUCUUUGACUUGGUUUAUCAACUUAUACAUCAAUUCCAUCGAUACUGCGAACAAAAGUAAAAUUCUCGAAAGAAGACUCGCGUUUCUACGAGAAACUUUUACUUAUAAUUUGUACCAAAAUGUCUGUAGAUCUCUAUUUGAAAAGGACAAGAUUUUGUAUUCGUUUGUCUUAUAUACGACAAUUUUAAUAUCGGAGAACACGAUCACGAGAGAAGAAAUGACAUUCUUUCUAUCUGGAGGCGUCGCAUUGGCUGCGAUACCUGACAAUCCGGCGUCUAACUGGCUUCCACCUAAAUCUUGGGGAGAAAUUUGCAGAGUUCAUAUAUUACCUAGCUUCGCCGAUUUUCAAUCAAACUUUAUUCGCAAUUUAAACAGAUGGAAGCAGUAUUACGAUUUAUCGAAUCCGGAAAACUCACCAAUACCGGACCCAUGGGAGAAGAAUUUAACGCCUUUUCAGAAAUUGAUCGUCACAAGAAUGAUCAGAACAGACAAAGUGAUGAUCAUGAUACAACGAUUCGUUGAAGCUGGGAUUGGUUUGAAGUUUGUAUUACCGCCACCCUUUGACAUCUCCAAAUCGUUCGCAGAAUCAAAUUCUCUGAUACCAUUGAUCUUUAUUUUAUCUCCGGGCUCGGAUCCAAUGGAAGCGCUUACGAUAUUCGCAGAGAACAUGAACUUCCAUGAAAGAUUUCGUUCGAUUUCCCUCGGUCAAGGUCAAGGGCCGAUCGCUCAGAAGCUGAUUAAACAAGGCCAAAACGAUGGCGAGUGGGUGUGCCUACAAAAUUGUCACUUAGCUGCCUCUUGGAUGCCUAUGUUGGAAGAUAUCUGCGAACACCUCGAUCCUUCGAAUACACACAGCAACUUUCGUUUAUGGCUUACCAGCUAUCCUGCCACUCACUUUCCAAUUACAAUCCUACAAAAUGGUGUUAAAAUGACAAACGAACCUCCAACUGGAUUGCAGAACAAUAUUAUGAGGUCCUACAAAGCAGAAGCUAUCAAAACCAUGGAUUUAUUUGAUACGGAACCCAAUAAAAAGAGAGCGUACUCGAAGUUGCUAUAUGCUUUAUGCUUCUUUCAUGCUGUAAUACAGGAAAGACGAAAUUACGGCGCUCAGGGUUGGAACAUAAAAUACGGUUUCAACGAAUCGGACCUUCAAAUAUCAGCCCAACAACUUCAUCUAUACAUAAAUGACUACGAAGAUGUUCCUUUUAAAGCUAUUAUAUAUCUAACCGGUGAAUGUAAUUACGGUGGUCGAGUCACAGAUGAUAGAGAUCGACGAUGCCUAAACACGAUAUUACAAGAUUUUUAUAAUCGGAACGUAAUUACGGACCCAAAUUAUGCCUUCGCGGAUAUCGGAUCUGAAUACACUUUACCAAAAAAGCACGAAUACGAAGAUUAUAUAAAACAAAUUCAAGGAAUUCCUUUAAAUCCACCGCCAGAAGUACUUGGAUUGCAUAUGAACGCAGGGAUUACGCGGGAUCUUGAAUUGUCGAAUGAAUUCUUUGAGUCCAUGAUGUUAGUUCAAGGAACAGUGACGAUAGGCGAUACUACUAAGCAAGACGAAAUGUUAUUGAACAUAAAAGAUGAUAUUUAUAACAGAAUGCCUGAAUUGUUUGAUAUCGAAGAAGCGCAAAAACAAUAUCCUAUUGUGUACAUGGAAUCCAUGAAUACUGUUUUGAUACAAGAAUUGAUAAGGUAUAACAUUCUUUUACAUGAGAUUCGGGGAUCUCUCGAUAUGCUAGAAAAGGCGGUAAAAGGAUUAAUAGUGAUGACUCCUGCGUUAGAGAUUCUAGCUAGUCAUAUGUUAAGCGCAAGAAUUCCACCGUCUUGGGUACAAGCAUGUGCUUAUCCAACUUUGAAACCAUUGCCAAACUUUAUCAACGAUUUUCUUGACCGGUUAAGCUUCUUUCAAAAAUGGUUAAUACAGGAUAAACCGAAAACAUUUUGGAUAUCCGGAUUCUCGUUUGUACAUGCUUUCCUUACGGCAACGACGCAAAACUUCGCGAGAAAAUACAAGAUACCCAUCGAUAGAAUUGAUUUUGAUUUCGAGGAACUUCCUACGUAUGAAUUGCAUACAUCCCCAAUUGAUGGCGUUUACGUUUACGGAAUGUAUUUGGCCGGCGCAAGAUGGGAUAUACAAAGCAUGCUACUCGCUGAAAGUUAUCCAAAAGUUCUUUGGGAGCCUAUGCCAAUCAUUUGGAUGAAACCAAAAGUAGUGGAUUCCAUUCACGUAGGAGAGCGAUACGAAUGUCCUCUUUACAUAACUUCCGCGCGUUUUGGUGUUCUUAAGACGACCGGACAUUCAACUAAUUACGUGUUAUCGAUCCUCUUAAAUACCAACUAUCCUGUUAGUCAUUGGAUUAAAAGAGGACUGGCUCUUCUUUGUCAACUUGACAAUUAA